AUGGACAUCUCCAAGAACGACAUCCAUCUCCAAUCUGCGCCUACCUCUUCAUCCGCAACAGAUCCUCCAUCACCACCCCCAAGAACUAACCUCCGCCUCACCCUCAUCCUCCUCGCCUUAUACCUCUCCCUCUUCCUCGCCGCCCUAGACCACACAAUCAUCGCAACCGCCAUCCCCACAAUCUCCUCCAACCUAAACUCCGCCUCAGGCUACUUCUGGAUCGGCUCCGCCUACCUCCUCGCCGACGCCGCUGCCGGACCCAUCUGGGCCAAAAUCUCCGACAUCUGGGGCCGAAAACCCGCCCUCUUGGCCGCAGUCCUCUGGUUCGCGAUCUCCAGCAUUCUCGCCGCGAGAAGCGUGAAUGUCGAAAUGUUGAUCGCCGCGAGAGCGUUACAAGGUACCGCGGCUGGGGGCUUGAUCCAGUUGGUGAAUAUUGUGAUUUCGGAUCUUUUUAGUAUGAGGGAACGGACGUGGUAUUUGGGGAUGGGGAAUGUGGUGUGGGGGUUUGCUGGGGGCACGGGACCUUUGAUCGGAGGGGCUUUUACGGAGUUUGUGAGUUGGAGGUGGUGUUUUUGGAUUAAUCUGCCGGUGUGCGCGACGAGUUUUGUUUUGUUGGUGUGGGUUUUAGAUGUGCAUAAUCCUAGGACUGGGGUUUUGGUUGGGUUGAAGGCAUUUGAUUGGUUGGGGACGAUUAUGAUUGUGGGUGUUGUGAUUAUGUUGUUGCUUGGGUUGGAUUUUGGGGGUGUGGUGUUUCCGUGGAAUUCGGCGACGGUGAUAUGUUUGAUUGUGUUUGGGUUUCUUAUGAUUGGGGGGUUUCUGUUUAGUGAGAAGAAGGUGGCGAGGUAUCCUUUGAUGCCAUUCGAGAUUUUUAAGAGUCGGUCCACGAAUUGCGCGUUCGUGGUUUGCUUUUGUCAUGGGAUGGUGUUCAUCGCUCAGGCCUACUAUCUCCCGCUCUACUUUCAGGCUGUGAAGGAAGCUGGCCCGCUGCAUUCUGGUGUGCUGAUUCUGCCGUACGCGUUACCGGAAGCAAGCGUGGGUCUCAUCAAUGGCUUCAUCAUGUUGAAGACCGGCCACUACCGUGAAGUCAUAUGGAUUGGGCUGGUCUUUCUCACCCUGGCGACAGGUCUCUACGUCUCGUUGACUGACCUCACACCGAUUUCUAGAAUAAUAGGCUUCGAGAUCUUGGGAGGAAUUGGUUCGGGCUGUCUAUUCGAAGCACCUCUGGUCGUAGUACAGAGCACGACUUCGCCGGAGAACACGGCGGCAGCUACGGCGACUAUAGGGUUCAUUCGAAAUGUCGCUACCGCAAUGUCAGUCGUUCUAGGUGGCGUGGUUUUCCAAAAUGGGAUGGUCGCGCGAGCGAAGUAUCUCGAGCGAGCCGGAUUGAACAGUACUUUGGUCGCCGCCUUUGCAGAUGACAAAGCGGCUGCAAAUGUCAGGCUGAUAUCGUCUAUACCCGAUUUGGCGCAGCGAGAGGCUGUGGAAUCGGCAUAUGCCUGGAGUCUGAAAAACAUGUGGAUCAUGUACUGUUGCAUCACGGCUGUGGGCCUGAUCGCCAGUGCUUUGAUUGUGCACACGAACUUGAAAACAGAGCAUACAGAGACGAAGACCGGAAUUCGGGAGCUGAAGAAGCUUCGUCAAGAAGUAUAG